AUCUCACUUUAAUAGUAAGUGGCCAGAAUACGAUGCUGGUAGCAUGUUGUGAGGAAAUAUAUUAGAUGAAAGAAGUUAAAUUCCAGUUUUCCUUUUUUUCAGAAAUGAGGUAUAGGGGAGAGAAACACGUACUUGGAAAGAGCUGACCCAGCCGAAUUGGAAAAUGUGGGAAGGGGAUGGGAAGAGGCUGCUGCACCUGAGAUCUGGCUCCAGGACUUACAGCAAGGGGAACUUGGGCAAGUUACAGGCUCUGUGUGCCUCAGUUUCUUCAUCAGCAAAACAGAAGGAAUCAUCCCAUAAACUGUAAGGUCGAUGCUAUCAGCAGGUCCCCAGAUUGACUGCGCAUCUGAGUCAUGUUAACAAACACAUUCCAGGCCCCACCUGAGCCUUCUGAAUCAGAAUCCCUGCAAGGAGGACAAUGAACUUGUAUGUGCACUGACUUCCCCAGGUGUUUCUUACUCUGAUCAACUUGGGGGUAGGACCCAUUGAGCUGCAUCACAUCAUUCCAAAGCCAAAACACAACAGCAGAACAAGAAUAUUUUCAAUGCAGUCUCUAAAGCAGAGGAGAAACUGUGGAGGGAACCUAGAAAUGAAAGAGAUCUGGCUUGCUGGGCUGCAUAUAAACUUUAUUUUGAGUACAGCAGAUACAUGAGCCCUUCGGGACACAUGCCUGAGGCAGUGACAGUCCAACUUUGGAAUAGUGGAAGCCCUAGUUUCAAAUUCAAGCAUGCUUUGAGUAGAAAUUAAGUUUACCUCUUUUUGCACAGUAACAUGGCCAAUCUUUCCUAAGCUGCUCAGCUUACAAAAAAAGGAAUCGUCCUGCUAGGAAUUCAAACUUCAGCAGUCAUGGUCCCUGGCUCCACCUCUUCUGCCACAAACCUCAGCAUGGUGGUAUCUGCCGCCCCUUGGUCCAGUGAGAAGGCAGAGAUGAGCAUUCUAGAAAUCAACGAGAAAUUGCGCCCCCAGCUGGCAGAGAAGAAACAGCAGUUCAGAAACAUCAAAGAGAAAUUUCUUGUAACUCAAGUGGUGGCCUGCUUCCUGGUCAACAGGCAGAACAAAUACAAGUAUGAAGAGUGCAAAGACCUCAUAAAAUCUAUGCUGAGGGAUGAGCUGCAGUUCAAGGGGGAGAAGCUCGCAGAGCAGCUCAAGCAAGCUGAGGAGCUCAGGCAAUAUAAAGUCCUGGUUCACUCUCAGGCAUGAGAGCUGAUUCAGUUAAGGGAGAAGUUACGGGAAGGGAGAGAUGCCUCCUGCUCAUUGACUCAGCAUCUCCAGGCCCUCCUCACUCUGGAUGAGCUGGACAAGUCCCAGUGGCGGGACCUCCAAGAACAGCUGGCUGAGGGGUGUAGGCUGGCACAGCACCUUGUCCACAAGCUCAGCUCAGAAAAUGGCCAAGGUGAGGAUGCAGAUGUUCAAGUUGAGGAGGCUGAGAAAGUACAGGAUUCGUGUGCCCCCAGGGAGGUGCAGAAGGCCAAAGAAAGGGAAGUCCCUGAGGACUCACUGGAGGAAUGUGCUGUCACUUGUUCAAAUAGCCACGGCCCUUAUGACUCGAACCAGCCACACAGGAAUACCAAGAUCACAUUUGAUGAAGACAAAUUCAACUCACCUUUCAUUGACUCAUCCUCUCAUGAUGAGUGGGCAGAUGCUGUACAUAUUAUCCCAGAAAAUGAAAGCGAUGAUGAGGAAGAGGAAGAAAAAGGGCCAGUGUCUCCCAGGAAUCUGCAGGAGUCUGAAGAGGAGGAAGCCCCCUAGGAGUCCUGGGAUGAAGGUUAUUUGACUCUCUCAAUUCCUGCUGACAUGUCUGCCUCGUACCAGUCUUACAAGAGCACCUUUCCCUCAUUAGAAGAACAGCAAGUCGGCUUGGCUCUUGACAUAGGCAGACAUUGGUGGGAUCGUGAAAAAGUAGGACCAAGAGGACACAGGUCCCAGGUGAGUCUGAGAAAUUGUGGACUAUUAAUUUGAUGUUGACACCUGGAGAUGCCAAGUGCAGGGAAAACAGUACAUGCUGAAAAUAAUGAUUUCAUCUUGUCAGACAAGUCUGAAUUACCCCUACUAACAUUGCUUUUGAUUCUCAUUACAGUAAAUGUUUAGGUUUCCAUUUCUUCCUACCCUUAUCAUUUACUAACAUAGUGAAGGUUGACCAUACCUCAAAAGCUGUAUUCUCAUGGUGACUGCUGGGAAACUUGAUCACAUUUUAUGCGAAAUUAUUGAGCCCACUCUUUUCAUGAUCACUGUUCACUGUGUGUCCUGACGGCACAAGUACAGAGUGUCCUUGACUCUCUCAUCAGUGUGUCACCUGGCCAAUUCACUGAGCUCUCUCUCUCUCUCUCUCUGUGUGUGUGUGUGUGUGUGUGUCUCUGUGUGUGUGUCCUUCUCUUUCAUCCUUUUCUACCUGUCCGUGGUCUAUCACAACAUAAAGGCAAUAAUUUGUAACCUCAUUGAUGGAUCUAUGCUUUUUGUUUUCUUUUUUUUUUUUUUUUUAUUAUACUUUAAG